AUGGCACCAAAGAACGAAUUUCUUGACAUCGAAACCAGCGACGAUGAAGCCAGCGCUCGCGGCUACGACUCAGAAGAGAAAGCAGCGGAAAGCAAAGGCCGCAAGGUGAAGCGACGGCGCACCCAGGCGCAAGAUUUCUUCGACCUGCAGUCCGAUGACGAAGAGCAAGGAUCCGGAUCCGACAGCGAAGCCGAGACCAAGGGCUCAAAACCCACCAAAGGAAAAAGCAGCAAAGAAUCAAAGAGCAAAUCCGCGAGCGGAUCCGCAGACGCAGCCGCAGACGACAGCGCCGACCCCGACGAACCCUCGCCAGCUGAAAAGAUAACCAAGCUUACAAAGCUCCCAGGCAAGCUGGGCAAGCUGGGCAAGCCGAGCAAGAAAGAGAAACGGGGCGUCGUGUACCUCAGCACUUUGCCGCCGUACAUGAAGCCAUUUGCGCUGAAGAACAUCCUUGAACAGCGCGGCUUUGGGCCCAUUACGAAGACAUUUUUUACGCCGAAAGUCGAGCCUUCAGGGGCCCGGAAGCGCAGCAAUAAGAGGCAGAUGUACACCGACGGCUGGAUCGAGUUCCAGAGUAAGCGGACGGCGAAGCUUGCUGCUGAGACUAUGAACGCGCAGACUAUUGGUGGUCAUGGGUAUUACGCGGAUGAUCUGUUGAACAUGAAGUACCUCCGGGGCUUCAAGUGGGAUAAUCUGAUGGAGCAGCAACAGCGCGAGCGGGCUGAGAGAGAGGCGAGACAGAGAAUAGAGGAUUCUCGCGCGAAGAAGGAGGAGAAGAUGUUCCUUGCCGGUGUCGAGGCUGGACGGGUUGCUGAUGGGAUGGCGAAGAAGAAUGCUGAGAAGAGGAAGAGGAAGGCUGAGGCCGGAGAAGAUGUGGGUGAGGAACCUAAGCUUGCUGUGCGCAGACGGUUUGCACAGAACGAGGUUGUUAAGGCGAAGAAGCCGGAUCAGGGUGUUGUGGAUAAUGAAGCGAAACGGGUUCUGGGGAAGAUUUUCUGA